CAAGAUGGCUGCGCCCAUAGUAAAAAUUAUGGCGGCAUUUUUCAACUGGAAAAUGCACUGUUUUGUGGUUAGUUCAGUGCUGACGUUUGUAAUACUAGCAGAUGGAGCAAGACUUAGCGACCCAAAAGUGUUGUUACCAUACCACAGCUCCGUUGUGACGAAUUUCACACUAAAGAUCAACCUAACACGAGAAGAAUCGCGGAGUCCAAGCUGUUACACAUGGCGUAGCAGUAGGUUAGAUGUGGCAACGCUACAACUGAUCAACAGUACUGAUAAUGAAUGCGCACUUACAGCGGAGAUUUCGGCAGUGUCCAAGUCCUCCAUGAGAAAGACAUCUAUUGUAAUGGUCGAAAAUAAAGUGACUGGAGAGGUGUUGAAAUGUAUUGUCAUAGUUGAUACGUUACAUCGUAUUGAGAUUGAGACCACAACACGUCUGUUGUACCUUGAGGAUUCUCCCGAGGAAAUGAUGGUACGAGGCUAUGAUUUAGAAGGUAACGUGUUUUCUAGCUUGCAAGGCUUAGAGUUCCAGUGGAGUCUUCACUCGGACACUACAGGUGGUCAUGACGACAUUGUUGAUGCCAAUUCUAUUCUCAGGAUUUUAAAGUUCAGUGAAUCACAUUACACCACUCCACCCCACAUUGAGAAGAUAGAAGAGCGGGGACGUCAAGGGGACAUCAUUCUCGUGGAAGGAGUCAGGACAGGAAGUGCCUAUGUCUGGGCAAAACUCAGGGACACAUCUUAUGCCAAAGUGGAUCACAGCAGUGUAAGAUUAAUGGUGAUUGCAAACUUGAUGAUCAGCCCUCCUGAAGCAUAUAUACUCAAAUACGCAACAGUCAAGUACAAAGUGGAACAGAUAAGACAGAAUUCUGUAGUUGCGAUACAGAUGCCGUCUUCCCAGUAUUCUCUGGAGGUUGUAGAUGGAACCAUUGGAACCUUGGACGCCGCUACAUCUGUAGCUACAGCUUUAGAACUCGGAGAAACUGAAGUCAAACUGAUAGAUAAGAACAUCAAGACAUCAGAUGUACUAGGACAACCCUCGGCUGUUCUCCAUGUUGUCAGUCCUAGUUACCUUGGGUUUGUGGUCUUACCAGACAGAAAAUGGGUACUUGAAACAGGACGUGUGUAUACAGUAUUGAUAGAAGUUUACGAUAAACACAGCCACAAACUGUACCCUUCUGAUAAUGUGAUUAUAGAUGCGUUGUUCCCGAUAGAAUAUUUUGAUGUUCAGUUCUCUUCAAAGAAUGGAACCUACCAUAUUGUUAAAACCCUACAGAAAGGGGACACAGACCUUGAAGGGGCUCUCUCUACCAUUAUAAAACAGGACGGCUCAGAAUACAAUGUGAGUCCUACAUUGAAGCAGACGCAAUUUGUGGAGAUAUUUGAUCCAAUUGUGGUUCAGCCAGAGUUACUGUUCUUUCCAUGGGAUCCUGUGAGACAGACAUCACAUAGAUAUCAGCUUCGGGCUACAGGUGGAAGUGGAGACUAUAUGUGGAGCUCCAAUGAUGCAGAGGUCGUUACCGUUAACAAGUAUGGGGAGAUUUCUACAUCCGCACGGGGAGAAGCAGAGGUCACUGCAUCAGACAGAAGAAACCAACUUCAUAAGGGCUUGGCUCAGGUACAUAUAUUGCCUCCAUCAGACAUGGAAUUCCGGCCAGACAGAGUCGAGGUGGAGGUUGGCAGCAUGUUAGAGCUUCCAUUAGAUAUCCGAACCACUCUGGCGGGAAAGAAGUAUUCAUUUAACGACUGUAGAAACAUGCCAUUAAAUGUUACCUUUACAGAUCCUUCAGUUGUGGAAAAUGUUGAAGGUUUUUCAGUCUUGAGAGAUGGAAGUUGUAGGACUGUCAAGGUUAAGGCAUUACAGCAAGGUCAUACCAAGGUCAAGGCCAUUUAUAACCAUGGCAACAUCAAGCUUGAAUCAAGCAUUACUAUAGCAACAUAUGAUGCUUUAGUGCCUGUUGACCCAGAAGUGGAGUCAGUGAUCACUGUUGGGGCCUCAAAGGAAGUCAUAUUCUCAGGAGGGCCUCAACCAUGGAUUUUAGAUUCAUCUAAAUACUUCCAAAGACCACAUAACUGCAGAAAAGAAGUGAGCUCUGAAGAGUCAAAGAACACCUUGAUUCAGCCAGUGCAAACAGUAGGAGCCCAAAAGAAACUGCAUUCCUUCAUUGUAUCAUGCAAGAACUAUGGAGAACAGACGUUGACACUGCAGGUCGGUAAUGAGAAGACGGCCAAGAAUGAGAAUCCUGCUGUAGAAGAAGCUUCUGUCAGUUUUAUAUGUGCUGAGCCAGUUGAGAUCCAUUUGCAGCCAUUGGUAGCAUAUCCUGAUGAUCUUCCACCCUGCCCUGUGUCCCGGGAACCAAACCAACAGAUUCCUGUUCAUUGCCAGAGAGAUUUAGAUCUGGGUGUCAGCGUGACAGAUAAAAAUGGCAGAAAAUUUGACAAUAUCUCAUCACUUGAAUUUGAUUGGUCAAUGUCAGAUGGAUCUCUCGCCUCAUUGGCUGAUGAACUUCAGACUGACAUAAAAGUGACUCCUAGUGGCAGAAAAAUUAUUCAUAACUACAUGAUGUUACAGCCCACAGGCAUUCCAGGGCAUCUGAUUGUGACAGUGACUGUGAGCAAAUACAAAGCAGCUUAUCUACGCCUUGCUCAGUCAAAUGUUCCAGAAUAUUUGAGUCCAAAGAUCAGUAAGUCAAUAGAUCUGCGACUGGUUGAGGAAGCAGUUGUGUCCCCUGAUACAUUGUCUGUGUUUAACCACCCAUCUAACAAGGUGAACAUGGAUGUAGCGAAGGGAUCUGGGUAUUUCCAUGUGGUAGAAGGAAGAGCCGGGGUUGUCGAGCUCAAAUACCUUGAGAAGUCCAAACAGAUCCAGAUUAUACCAACCAAAGAUGGUCAGCUGACAGUAACAGUGUAUGACCUGUGUAUAGCCAGUACCCAGCCAGUACAGGUGGUCAUAACAGUCUCCGGAGUGGGCAGUGUCCAGUUACAUGUUAUGGACAAGGUUGAGGUCGGCAAAGAUAUACCAGCAAGAGUUGAGGUUCUUGAUGUUACAGGGGAGAAGUUGUACUCGAGUUUCUUCCCCUUGAUGGGCCUCACUUUAGAAUCUGCUUCAGAUUUCAUCAUUUUGAAACGAGACCAGACUGGUACCAAAGAUUCAUACUCUGCGAGGUACACGGUCCACGGUGCAGUAGUGGGACAUACCUCUCUGAAGGCGGUUACCUACUUACCAGAUGGAAGGUCAGUCUCAAGCACAGCCAAGCCAGUCGAGGUGUUUCCUCCAUUGGAGCUUAUACCCAGAAAUAUAACACUGAUCAUUGGAGGGCUGUUCCAGGUGCUAAGUCGAGGUGGUCCAAGACCUCAGUGUACAGUGUUAUUCAGUAUCAAAAACAGUAAAAUCGCCACCGUAUCAAGUAGUGGAUUAUUGGACGGUCAGUCCCUAGGGACAACCAGGGUCAUAGGUCAAGCUGUGGGUCAGGAUCCUGAGACAGGAGAAACUGUCAUCUAUUUCCCAGGGUUAAGCAUACAUGAUGAAGUUACAGUGAAUGUUGUGAGACUGGUUGGAGUGAGAAUCCAUGCCCCACUGACCAGGAUACAGACUGGUACCACGAAGCCUUCCAGUUUACUUAAGGAAGGUUGGUGGUUCUGCAUUGGUGUCUGCCCACACCUGCUAGGAAUGGCUGGGGUCUUCUGCACUGUGAUAAGCUGGAAUGUCAGCAUAGGUGUUGGUGUGACAUUAAACACAACAAAAAAAGUAAAAUAUGGAAGUGCAAGAUUGACAGCGCCAUAUGGAUACAAGGGUGUUAUAUCUGUACCAUGCCAUUGCAUGUUUUGUAGACUCGGUUUUGCACACAGAGGUCACACCACGUCAGGUGGAGAACAAGUGCAUCAAGAUUCUAUUCUAACAGAUGAACUCCAGAUUCAGGUGUUUGAAGAGCUGGUUAUGGUGCUACCAAAAGUUUGUGAUGGUGAACUGUUAAUGACACCAAACACAGAGGCUAUUCUCAAAACAAAUAGGGAUGGGGGAGCCAAGAUGAGUUACUCUGUCCUAGGAAGCAAUCCUGAUGUUGUACAAGUGGUAGACGAUGUUCUUGUUUCGGGAUCAAACUCUGGUCAGGCAGCCCUGCAUAUCACAGCACAGGAAGAAUCCGGUGUCACUCAGACAUUGGUGCUGAACGUCAAGGUUUGGACAUCUAGUGGCCAACUCUGCAUGGUACCAAGGGGAACAACUCUACAUUUCACAGUUACCUAUCAUGAUGAUGUUGGGGAACAGUUUUACGCUACAAAUAUUGACAUGAAGUACAGAUGUAGCAGAUAUGACCUUGUGCAAGUAUCAAAUGGUUUAGAGAACAACACGCUGGUGAUGAAAACUGCGGCUGUAGGACAUACUAUACUUAAGGUAUGGGACAGUAACAAGCCAUGGUUGGUUGACUACAUCAGUAUUCCUGUUGGACAUGCCAUACAGCCUGCUCAGGCCAGGGUACAGCUGGGAAAUAUUGUGUGUUUUAGUGCCCCACUUUCCUCAGAGAGGAGCAGUACUGGUUCCUGGAAGGGAAGUGGGGGCGUGGUGGUAGAUAGCAAACUGGGUGUGGCCAGUACAAGUUCUGUAGGUGCAGGAACUAUAUCUUAUGUUGUAUCAGAGGAUGUCAUGACAGAAACAGAUUUGAUAGUACAGUGCUGGGGUCGGAGGUUCAUCACCUUGGCAACCAACAAGGAGUACAAUAUGAUAGUUUAUUUUGGACAGGAGUCAGCAGUUCAAGGGAGCAAUUGUAAUACAGUGGUAGCAGAAGAGAAUUAUCAGCCAAUCAGAAUUCCUUUCUCAUGCAGCCUUGGUGUUAACUCAGCCAAUCAGGAGUUUGCUAUUAAUGACUACUUCUCAGUGAAACCAGUUUUCAUUUCCAAACUUGGUAAAUAUGCAUGUCAGAUAACAUCUACUGCUCAAGAUGUCCCACAACAAAUGAGUUCAGCAGACAUGACAGUUGUUGUCACAGUGACAGUAUUCCCAAUCAAAGGUCAAGAAGAGGUCAGAUCUGUACCGUUACUGGUUCCCUUCCUUCCUCCAUUUUAUGUACACAACUCGGAGAUCCAUGUAUCGACACUGACGCCACUGUCGAGUGUGAGAAUAUCAACAUCGUCAAAAUUGGCUGAUCAAGUUAAGGUUGUUGUGAGCGACCCAUCAAUUCUGGAGGCUUUACCAGCAGAAAGUGAUCCCCAGUCCAAAUCUAUUGUCAUCUUUCCAGUCAGAUUGAUUGACACUGUUGCACUAUGGGAAAGAGAACAGUUAGAUGUGUGGGUGGAUCCUGAUUGUCAAAAGGAAUUCGGUGUGAUAGGCGUAUAUUGUGACAGUUUAGCACUCUUGUUACACUUUACAGGUGGAGCAUACAGACGAGACGUGGGCUGGAGAGCGUUGUUUGGCAACAUCUUGAAUAAUUAUCAGUAUUGGUUUAUCCUGCUCAUCAUUAUUAUCGUCACUGCUUUAACCGUUCUCUUUGGUUACCAUGCUGUAUAUGGUCCUAAAUACAAGGCAGCAGCAAAUACUAGCGGUUAUAUGGGUACACCACAAGGCUCUCCUGUUGGUCCAGUGUAUACACCAGCUUCGCCGCCAGCCUAUACCCCCUAUUAUCCUGCACAGACGCCAAAAUCUCCGAUGUUGUGGUCCACAGGGUAUACUCCAUUGGAUGGUGGCUCACCGACUCGUCGCAGAUCUCCUAUUCAAAGGAUUAGUCCAUCUUGAUAUAAUAAUUAGCUAGGAACAAAUUUUGAUGUCUCAGGAUUAACAAUAUCUUCAUCCAUACAAAUUAGGAUUGCAUUUUUCAAUUAAUAAAUUAGAAAAUUAAAAAAAAAAAAAUUUUUAAAUAUGGAGUAUCAGCAACAAGAGUUUGUAUCAUGAGAGACAUAAAUAAGUGAGGUAUUUCUUACGUGCUGAAGCCAAAAAAGAAUUUCAUUGUACAAAAAAAAACAUUUUUCUGGCUAUAAAGGGGCGAAAUAUUAACUUAACAGUAUAAGCCAAACUCUUUGUCAAGUGACAAAAGUAUUAUGCAAGACCUGCUUCGGUAUUUGAUUGAACAUUUGAUUUGGAUAUGUUAUACAGAUGUAGAUACAAAUACUUUAUUUGUACAAGAUUUAUCAUUUGUAAUUUGACAUUUAUAUGAUAAAAACUUGUUCAGCAUACUGUAAAUUAGGUAAUUUACAUCUUGUUAAAUCAUUUAGUUUUGUGAUCAUGAAAUUUUAUGGUUUUGGUCAAAAUGGCAAUUUUGUAGAGAUGUGAAUUCGUGGAUUUCAACUUCUGAACAUAAAAUGAAUGGGAAUUUUACUUGUUCGUUGGGAUUAAAUUUUGUGGAUUGAAUAAUCCACGAAAUCAACGGA